CCUUCCUUCCGGCAUUUGGUUCUGAAGCAUUUCAGUGUUUUCAGGAGUAGAAAAUGAGAUGAUCUAACAGCCACCUAGAUGGGCAUACAUAAUCAUUUCCAUUGCUUGCAGCUGUACUUGUUCAAAUCUUUGGCAAUCCAGCAGUGCAACAAAUGCAUUGCAUGUGUACUUGGAGUGUAUAUAAAAAUGUCCUUUGUUGGAGGCAGCUUGUUUUGUAGAAGGUGGCCUGGAUUAAUAGAAUAAAAGAAGGAACUUGCAUUUAUAUUUAGACAAAUGUGCUUGCUGUUCGGAUUAUGGGAAACAAAGUGUUGGACUGUGUGUGCUUUUCUUUUCUUUUGGUAGGUCCUGUUAGCCUGUCUACACCAGCUCAGCUCGUGGCCCCCUGUUUAGUAGUGAAAGGCACUCUGUCCGUCACCACCUCCGAAGUGUAUUUUGAGGUAGAUGAAGAAGAGCCCAGUUUUAAGAAAAUUGAUCCCAAGAUACUUGCUUAUACAGAUGGACUGCAUGGGAAAUGGAUGUUUUCAGAGAUUCGAUCAGUAUUUUCUAGACGCUAUCUGUUGCAGAACACAGCACUGGAAAUCUUUAUGGCUAACAGAGUUGCUGUCAUGUUCAACUUUCCGGAUCCUGCAACUGUAAAAAAAGUCAUCAAUUGUUUACCUCGUGUUGGAAUUGGUACUAGUUUUGGAUUACCCCAAACCAGGCGUAUUUCUAUGGCCACUCCACGUCAAAUCUUUAAAGCUUCAAAUAUGACUCAGCGAUGGCAGCAUAGAGAAAUUUCAAACUUUGAAUAUCUCAUGUUUCUAAACACUAUUGCAGGGCGUACAUACAGUGAUUUAAACCAGUAUCCAGUAUUUCCUUGGGUGAUCACCAACUAUGAAUCAGAAGAGUUGGACCUUACCCUUCCAAGUAAUUUCCGAGAUUUGUCAAAGCCCAUUGGUGCUCUUAAUCCCAAACGAGCUGCAUUCUUUGCAGAACGCUACGAAACAUGGGAAGAUGAUCAGGUUCCAAAGUUUCAUUAUGGCACUCAUUAUUCAACAGCCAGUUUUGCACUGACUUGGUUGUUAAGAAUUGAGCCUUUUACAACAUUUUUCCUAAAUUUACAAGGUGGCAAAUUUGAUCAUGCAGAUAGAGCUUUCUCAUCAGUUUCAAGGGCGUGGCGCAAUUGUCAGCGUGACACAUCUGAUAUCAAGGAACUUGUUCCUGAAUUUUAUUAUCUACCUGAGAUGUUUGUCAACUUCAAUAAUUACAAUCUUGGAGUGAUGGAUGAUGGAACAGUGGUGUCUGAUGUUGAACUUCCACCAUGGGCCAAAACCCCAGAAGAAUUUGUUCGUAUGAACAGAUUGGCUUUGGAAAGUGAAUUUGUUUCCUGUCAACUGCACCAGUGGAUUGAUCUGAUUUUUGGCUAUAAACAGCAAGGGCCAGAAGCUGUCAGAUCUCUAAAUGUAUUCUACUACUUAACCUAUGAAGGAGCUGUCAAUCUCAGUUCAAUAAUGGAUCCAAUGUUGAGGGAGGCUGUUGAAGCUCAGAUCCGAAGUUUUGGGCAGACUCCUUCCCAAGUGCUUAUAGAGCCUCAUCCUCCAAGAAGUUCUGCUAUGCAGGUGUAUCUCCUUCUCCAGAGUCCAUUGAUGUUCACAGACCAAGCUCAACAGGAUGUCAUCAUGGUCCUAAAAUUUCCAUCCAACUCUCCUGUAACACAUGUAGCAGCCAACACUCAGCCUGGUUUGGCAAAUCCUGCUGUGAUUACUGUCACUGUCAACCGACUCUUUGCUGUGAAUAAGUGGCACAAUCUUCCUGCUCAUCAAGGUGCUGUACAGGACCAGCCAUACCAGCUGCCAGUGGAAAUCGAUCCUCUCAUAGCCAGCAAUAUGGGUAUGCACAGGAGGCAAAUCACAGAUCUUCUAGACCAAAGUAUUCAAGUCCAUUCUCAGUGCUUUGUUAUCACUUCAGAUAAUCGCUAUAUCCUGGUCUGUGGGUUUUGGGAUAAAAGUUUUCGGGUAUAUUCUACUGAUACAGGAAAACUAAUGCAAGUUGUAUUUGGACACUGGGAUGUUGUUACCUGCCUUGGCCGCUCUGAAUCUUACAUAGGAGGAAACUGUUAUAUUCUCUCAGGGUCUCGUGAUGCAACAUUGCUGCUGUGGUACUGGGAUGGUAAAACCAAUAGCAUUGGUGAUAACACAAAUGGUGAAACAGCUGCUCCUCGGGCUGUCUUGACUGGACAUGAUUAUGAGAUUACCUGUGCAGCAAUUUGUGCUGAACUUGGUGUAGUGAUAAGUGGUUCUAAAGAAGGAUCGUGUCUCAUACAUUCUAUGAAUGGGGAUCUACUGAGGACAUUAGAAGCUCCUGAAAACUGUCUGAAAGCAAAACUUAUCCAAGCAUCAAGAGAGGGUCACUGUGUCAUAUACUAUGACAAUGGUCAUUUCUGUGUAUUCAGUGUGAAUGGAAAACUACAAGCCACUAUGGAAACAGAUGAUAAUAUAAGGGCAAUUCAGCUGAGCCGUGAUGGACAGUAUCUCCUUACAGGAGGAGACAAUGGAGUUGUUAUGGUGUGGCAAGUGUGUGACCUCAAGCAGCUUUUUGCCUAUCCCGGUUGUGAUGCUGGAAUCCGAUCCAUGACUCUUUCAUAUGACCAAAGGUGUAUAAUGACAGGCAUGGCUUCUGGCAGCAUAGUGGUUUUCUACAAUGAUUUCAACAGAUGGCAUCAUGAAUACCAAACCAGAUACUGAAAUUGGAAUUAAUCUGAUGUGGCCAUGCAGCUCUUCUCAUACGGAGACUUGAAACAUACACAUCUCUCUUUAGUAUCUUGCCAGAGUCUAGGUUCUUAUAAAUAGUUAAUAUAACAUCUGAAUGUAACUUAAAUUUGCUGGAAGAUGCUAUUUUUUGAAGUUAAUUGCUAUUUUUGUAGACUUUGCCUGACUUUUUUGAGGUGGGGAAAAAGCAGAAAAUGAUUGCUGGGGUUCUGUAGCUUAUAAAGAAAAUCUAUAUUUUUAGUCAUAGUAAAUCUAUUUUGAUCAUUCUCUUGGGGGGAAACUGGAAUAGGAUGGCUACAAUUCUUGUAUUAGCUAUAAUGAAACAUGUUUCUCAUGUAAAUCUUUAUAAUAUUAUGGAAUAUUUGAUUUUAACAAUGGAAAUUGUUAUAACAAAGAAAGUUGGUUAUAAUACCAGCAAUCAGUUAUAAUACUGGCAUUUUAAACUGUGCUUAUCCCUCCUCUCUCCUUUUGUCUUGUACUUUUACAGUGAUAGCAGAACUUGAAGCACUGAAUUUUCUGAAAAUCAAGAAUAUUUAAAUUAUGAUUUAUGUAAUUUUGUUUUCACAUCUGUGUAAUGAUCAAGCAUGAUUCUAAGUCUAGAUUAUUAGUUUGGGAAACUUUUUAUUAGUUAUUUUGUUGUGCAGUUAGAGAGAAAUAAUCAUAAGCAGAAUGUAUACAUCAAGUGUAUUCUAUCCUUUCAUCAGGCCCACUGUUCCUCAAAAGUAAGAUCUAUUUUGAGGAUUUUAGAAGUUUUCUUCUAUACUUUUUGAAAUCAUGUAUGGAUCCAGAAAAUGCUUGUUUGCCUAAAACACAUUUGGCCUGGAGAUCUGCAACUCUUCUUGCAGCACCUAAAAAGGAAAAAGCUAUUGUUUCUGUUACAGCAAAGCUAGUGAGAACUGUAUAGCACAAGCCUUACAUUGAUCCUAAAAUUAAGACACACUCCCAUCAAAUCUUAUUCAAUCAUGCUGACAAUCUCUCUUCCAGCUCUUAGGAAACUAAAUAAAAUUUAUUAUGAACAAUGUUA